UAACUUCUCUAGACCCCAUUUGUUAAUAAAUGCUCAUCCAUGUGAAAGAGCCGGGAAAAAAGGGAUUCAUUUGUUGUGUGUGUUUGUCUAUCUCUCCUCUAUAUAUCAACCUUCAUCACUGAGAUAUGCUUCACUUGUAACAUUUCCACAACUGUAGCCAAAAAGAGCAAUCCUUUGUGCUCUCUCAUGGUGAUGAUUAUGUGAUGUAUGAGACAGACACAGCUUACUAACUUCUUAUUCUUCUUUCUUGUUCUGUUAUAAGAUUAUAGUACUUUUGGUUUUUUUUUUUGGAAAAAUGGGUAGAUCACCCUGUUGUGACAAAUUGGGUUUGAAGAAAGGACCUUGGACACCAGAAGAGGAUCAGAAACUUUUGGCUUAUAUUGAAGAACAUGGUCAUGGAAGCUGGCGUUCAUUGCCUGAGAAAGCUGGUCUCCAUCGAUGUGGAAAAAGUUGCAGACUCAGAUGGACUAACUACCUAAGACCUGACAUCAAAAGAGGCAAAUUCAACUUGCAAGAAGAACAAACCAUUAUCCAACUCCAUGCUCUGUUAGGAAACAGAUGGUCUGCAAUUGCUACUCAUUUGCCAAAGAGAACAGACAACGAGAUCAAGAACUAUUGGAACACUCAUUUGAAGAAACGGUUAGUUAAAAUGGGGAUUGAUCCAGUGACACAUAAACCCAAAAACGAGACUCCUUUAUCUUCUCUUGGCCUAUCCAAGAACGCAGCAAUACUUAGCCACACGGCACAAUGGGAAAGUGCAAGGCUUGAAGCUGAAGCAAGGCUAGCUAGAGAAUCAAAGCUUCUUCACUUACAACAUUACCAAACCAAAGUAUCAUCUCACCAUCAUCACCAUCAUCAUGGAUUCACUCACAAGUCACUGUUAACCAAUUGGACAACAAAAACAAACGAAGAGUACAAUGCAGAACAACAACAGCUUGAUGAAUCACCGACAUCUACGGUGUCAUUCUCUGAGAUGAAGGAACCAAACCCGACGAAGAUAGAGUUUGUCGGAUCAUCCACGGGUGGUCUGAGUCUGAUGAAAGAACCUGAAAACAACGAUUGGAUCAGUUCAACGAUUCACGAGUUCGAAACUACGCAGAUGGGGGAAGGUAUUGAUGAAGGGUUCACGGGUCUUUUGCUAGGGGGAGAGUCAAUGGACAGGAGUUUCUCCGGCGAGAAAAACGAGACGGCCGGGGAGAGUAGUGGUGGUGACUGCAACUACUAUGAGGACAGCAAGAACUAUUUGGACAGCAUUUUUAACUUUGUUGAUCCUUCACCGUCCGAUUCACCACCUAUGUUCUGAAUCAAAGGGUUCGAGAUAUUAUUGUUGGGAAUGUUUUUGAUUCUUUUUAGUUUAUAGUUUUUUGUGCUUAAACACUGAUUAGACCAAUUUUAGACUAAUCCAGUCUUAGCUUUCUUCUUUAA